AUGGCCAACAAAGCACUCAUCCACUUCCACUCUCGCACAGCCACCAAGCCAAAGGAGAAAUUCUUUAGUAUGCCCUUCGGCCCCGAGGUCGUAAUCUUCGACGAAGCGAGGGGAAUCUACACCAAGUUGGCCAUCUUCCAGGAUGGCCACGCCACUACGAUCACUACCACCAUCAAAUCCGGCUUUGUCAAGCCGACAGACAUGACACCCUUCCACAAAGGCUACGACACAUUUCUCGGCCAGCAAGAGAAAAAGACUCUUUCGGCUCAGGCUCACAAGAAGAGGAUCUUCAAGGCCAUUGCCAGACGGGUCACGACCCCUCCGUCUCGGGGUAGUUCUACUAUGGGCACCUCAUCGCCCAAAUCUGUUGUGCCCGCGGCCAAGAAGGACGUCUGUAGGGCUAUCAAGCCCCGUCGACGGCGGAUGGAUCUGGCCGAGUGGCUGCGGAGCGGGAAGGCGGCACUUGUGGAGGAGAAGAAUAAGAAGAAGAAGACGAUGGCUUGA